AUGGCUAGACACUUUGUUGUGGUUGAUGGUGGUGAGUCAAAUGGAGGUGAAGAGGCUUUGGUGCUUCAUUCUUCACCUAUAUUUUUGUUUCUCAUGAUUAUUGCUUCUCUUUCCAUCAUUUCAAUCAUCAUAUUUGCUUGUGGAGACGACAACAAAGAUACCAAGCGUAGGCGUGGCGACGGUGGUGGAGGGGGUGGCGGUGGAUGUGGAGGUGGAUGUGGAGGUGAUGGCGGAGGUGGAGGUGAUGGCGGAGGUGGCGGUGGAGGUGAUGGCGGAGGUGGCGGUGGGGGUGGAGGUGAUGGCGGAGGUGGAGGUGGUGGUGGCGGAUGCGGAGGUGGUGGAGGAGGUGGUGGAUUCUGA